CGAAUUUAUACUUCUAAUAAGUCAAUAUGCUAAUAAUUUUGUUUGUAUUGGUGCUCCACAUUUGUACUAGUUCAAAUUCGUAUACUGAUGAUGAAGAUUUGGAGUUAGAAAAUAUUUUAAACGCUGUUGUAGCUGAUAGUUGGGAGAACAACGAAAAUUUGUAUGUGGUGAAUAUAAAAGAAAAAAUUAAUUAUCCAGCUGUUUAUGUUAAUUCCAGUGAUAAUAUUAGUGUUUUUGAUUAUAUGCAACCUACUAUGUAUUUAAUAGCAGGAAAUUUGCAGGAUAUUUUGAAGAAACUUUCGGAUUUAUCCAUAUUAAAUCGAAGAGGUAAAUUUGUAUUCAUCCUCCCGAAUAAUCGAUUUGCCGAAGAAUCAAAAGGUAUCAUAAACAAAUAUUACUUAAACAAACUCAUACUGAUCAUCAAAAAUAAUCAAAAGUAUAGAUUGUUUUUACUAAAUAAUUUAAAUACCCCGCUGAAUACUAGUAAUAUUUUUACCCAAAUUCCACCGAAAAAAGUCGAGAAACUCAACGUGCUCAGUGCUAUCUAUCCUCCUUACGUGAUCCGAACUGACGAAGGUAUAUUCAUAGAUAUCAUCUUAAUGGCUGCAUCGAAUUUAAAAAUCUCGAUAAAUUUCACCCUAUCCCGUUUUGCUGCCAAUACCUUCAACGUUUCUCCGGAAUUCGUACCGGAAUACUUCGAUUUGUACGCAUCCCCCAUCUCCAAAUACUCCUUUGAUGUGGAAAAUACCAUCUGCUUGACCGAAGACAGGGCAGCUUGGGCAGCACCGAUUUUAGUGCGUACGAAAUAUUGGAGUAUUUUUUACGAGGAGUACCAAUUGAUGGUGUGGUUAGCGUUUUUUGGGCUCCUGCCAGUUUUGUAUGUGUUUAUGAAGAUUAUUGUGAAGUUGAUUCCGAAUCAAACUGAUAUAGCAAUAAUGCCUGCUAUUUGUAAUUUGGUGUUGGAAAACUCGUCUCACUUAGUUUUCGAUAGUGUUUCUUUGAAGAUUAUCUUCUCGAGUUACAUGGUGUUUUGUAUCGUAUUCACUAAUGUCUACAAAAGUAAAAUGUUCGAUAUUAUGACUGGAGGAUUGAGCACCCAGAUGAUUCAAAACGCCGAUGAUUUGAUAAAAUAUAAGUUUUUGAUGGGAUUUCCAGCACAAGCUUAUGUGGAUUUGUACAAAUAUGGUAACACAAGCUUCGGCCAAGCUUUGGUCAGAAACCAGCAGAUGCUGGUCUGCGGGCAUUAUACAGCGUGUUUGAACCGCACUGCCUUUAAAAAAGACAUGAUAACCGCUCGAUUGGAGAGAUUGUUUAAGUACAUAAUGCCGAGGGAUUAUGUAGACGAAAAUGGAAAAUCGUUGCUCUAUAUGAUGAAGCAUAACAAGAAGGUUACUCUGAAUUUCGGACUAGUGUUUCAGAAAGGUCAUCCGUUGUACAAGAGGUUCAAUAAAAAUUUAAUGCGGCUGUUCGAAGGAGGUUUCGUUCAACAAUUCUGCAAGCAAUUCGACAGGCAGUACGAACAGGCGAUGAGUCUAGCUGAGAUAGAAAAAUCCGAUAACAAAUUAUCGUUAGAAAUGCUCUUAUCUACAAUUUCCCCGGAAUUCGUACCGGAGUACUUCGAUCUGUACGCCUCGCCCAUCUCCGAGUACUUACCCGACGUAGAGAAUUCCAUCAGCUUAGCCGAAGAUAGAGCAGCUUGGGUAGCACCGAUUUUAGUGCGUACGAAAUAUUGGAGUAUUUUUUAUGAAGAGUACCAAUUUUUGGUGUGGUUAGCGUUUUUUGGGAUCCUGCCAGUUUUGUAUGUGUUUAUGAAGAUUAUUGUGAAGUUGAUUCCAUAUCAAACUGAUAUAGCAAUAAUGCCUGCUAUUUGUAAUUUGGUGUUGGAAAACUCGUCUCACUUAGUUUUCGAUAGUGUUUCUUUGAAGAUUAUCUUCUCGAGUUACAUGGUGUUUUGUAUCGUAUUCACUAAUGUCUAUAAAAGUUUUCCAGCGCCAGUUUAUGUGGAUAUGUACAAAAAUACUAACACCAGCUUCCACCAAGCUUUGACCAGAAACCAACAGAUGUUGGUUUGCGGGCAUUAUACAGCGUGUUUGAACCGCACCGCUUUUAAAAAGGACAUGAUAACCAUACGAUUGCAGAGAUUAGUUAAAUACAUAAUACCGAGGGAGUAUGUGGAUGAGAAAAGAAAAUCGUUGCUUUACAUAAUAAUAAAGGAACGACCGAAGAUAUUGAAUUUCGGACUGGUAUUUCAGAAAGAUCAUCCGUUUUACAGGAGAUUUAAUCUAAAUUUGAUGAGAUUAUUGGAAGGAGGUUUCGUACAACAAUCCUGCAAGCAAUUCGACAGGCAGUACGAACAGGCGAUGAGUUUAGCUGAAAUGAAGAAAUCCAAUAAUAAAUUAUCGUUAGAAAUGCUCUUAUCUACUAAAAAUUCGUCCAUAGUCAAAGGUGAUGAAGAUUUGGAGUUGAAAAAUAUUUUAAACUCUGUUGUAGCAGAUAGUUGGCAAAAAAACGAAAAUGUGUAUGUAGUGAAUGUUAAAGAACAAAUUUAUUAUCCAUCUGUUAAUGUUAAUUCUAGUGUUGAUGUUACCAUUUUUGAUUACACACAACCUACUAUGUAUUUAAUAGCAGGAAACUUGCAGGAUAUUCUAAAGAAACUUUCGGAUUUAUCCAUAUUGAAUCGAAGAGGUAAAUAUGUACUAAUCCUUCCAAACAAUCGAAUCAACGAAGACAUCAAAGGACUCACAACUAAAUAUUACCUAAACAAGAUUCUGCUAAUCAUCAAAAAUUAUCAAAGGUACGAAUUAUUUUUACACGACGAUCUAGCCAACCCACUUCAGAAUAUCAGCAACAUUUUCGCGCAAAUUCCACCGAAAAAAUUCACCAAACUGAAUGUACUCGGCGCUCUUUAUCCACCUUACGUGAUCAGAAACGGAGAAGGUAUAUUCAUCGAUAUCAUUUCAAUGGCUGCAUCGACUUUAAACGUCUCGAUUAAUUUCACAUUAUCCCGCUACGCUGCUAAUACUUUCAGAAUUUCCCCGGAAUUCGUACCGGAGUACUUCGAUCUGUACGCCUCGCCAAUCUCCGAGUACUUCCCCGACGUGGAGAAUUCCAUCAGCUUGGCAGAAGAUAGGGCAGCUUGGGUAGCACCGAUUUUAGUACGUACGAAAUAUUGGAGUAUUUUUUACGAGGAGUACCAAUUUUUGGUGUGGUUAGCGUUUUUUGGGCUCCUGCCAGUUUUAUAUCUGUUUAUGAAGAUUAUUGUGAAGUUGAUUCCGAAUCAAACUGAUAUAGCAAUAAUGCCUGCUAUUUGUAAUUUAGUGUUGGAAAACUCGUCUCAUCUAGUUUUCGAUAGUGUUUCUUUGAAGAUUAUCUUCUCGAGUUACAUGGUGUUUUGUAUCGUAUUCACUAAUGUCUAUAAAAGUAAAAUGUUCGAUAUUAUGACUGGAGGAUUGGACACCCAGCUCAUACAAAACUAUGAUGAUAUAAUAAAAAAUAAGUUUUUGGUAGGAUUUCCAGCGCCAGUUUAUGUGGAUAUUUACAAAAAUACUAACACAAGCUUCCACCAAGCUUUGACCAGAAACCAACAAUUGUUGGUUUGUGGGCAUUAUACAGCGUGUUUGAACCGCACCGCUUUUAAAAAAGACAUGAUUACCGUACGAUUGGAGAGAUUGGUUAAAUACAUAAUUCCGAAGGAGUAUGUGGAUGAAAAAAGAAAAUCGUUGCUUUACAUAAUUAUAAAGGAACGAGCGAAGAUUAUAUUGAAUUUCGGACUGGUUUUUCAGAAAGAUCAUCCGUUUUACAGGAGAUUCAACCUAAAUUUGAUGAGAUUAUUGGAAGGAGGUUUUGUACAACAAUCUUGCAAGCAAUUCGAUAGGCAGUACGACCAGGCGAUGAGUCUAGCUGAAAUGAAGAAAUCCAAUAAUAAAUUAUCGUUAGAAAUGCUCUUAUCUACGUUUGUUGUCUAUUUAUUUAUGAUGUUGCUGAGUACCAUUGUGUUUUUUAUUGAAUUGUAUUGGAGAUAA